GCGACCGAGAUAUCGGAAGAAGCGGCGACGGAUUCCCGCGAUGGGCAUCUGGAAGCGCCGGACCAGAACUUCGUCGAGGUUGAGUUGUCCGAAGAGGAGGACAUGGGUGGAGCCGCGUGCCGGCCGCCCGCAGCGCCACCCUCAACGCCGCCAGCAGCGGUGCCCUGGACCCCGAAUCCCACGGCCGGACCCGGGCACCCGGCCCCGACUCUGGGCGCGAGCCCAGGGCCCCGGGCUUGCCCCCGCCACGGGUGUCACCGGGGCCGUGAAUCGUCAGCGUCGCAGAGCAGAUGUGCCGCAGAGCGCCAGCCAUGUGCGUGGGCUGCGUCGUGACGGCGUUCCCCGCCCGGGGCUCCACCUGCCUGGAGACCGGCGCUUUCCUCCUCAACUUUGCCGCCUGCGCCGCCUGCAGGCGCCGCGACGCCGUCGACGCCAGCGGACGGCAGGUGCGGCGGCCCGGGGGCGGUGGCCGACCGCGGCGGCGGCGGCGCAGUGGGGCGAGCCGGUGCCGUGACCGCUGGUGGCGGUGGUGGUGGGGUGGUGGUGAUGGUGGUGGUGGAGGAGGUGACAGUGGUGGCAGUGUUGAUGGUGGCGUUGAUGGUGGUGGUGGCGGUGGCGGCGUUGAUGGUGGCGGUGGUGGCGUUGAUGGUGGUGGUGAUGGUGGUGGUGGCAGUGGUGGUGAAGGCGUUGAUGGUGGUGGUGGCGGUGGUGGCGUUGAUGGUGGUGGUGGUGCCGGUGGCGGUGGCAGUGUUGAUGGUGGCGGUGGCGGCGUUGAUGGUGGUGGUGGCAGUGGCGGUGGUGGCGAGCGGCGCACGCGAGAGGCGCGGGAGGGAAGCAAUGACAGCGACGAUAGCGACGACGAUGAAGACGACGAUGAAGAUGACAACGACGAAGACGACGACGACGAUGACGACGAGGAGGAGGAGGUGGUGACGUACGAGCACGUGUGCGCGGCGUGCGGCCACGCGGUGGCCACGCACGAGUUCACGUGCGCGCUGUCCGGGGGCUACCGGGCGUACGCCAUGCACUGCCUGCUGUGCGGGCGUGCCGAGCGGGAGGUCAGCGUGCUGCCACACGACCCACGCUGGGCACUCGCUACGUUCUGAGGCACGCGCGCCACGGAUUGAAUGAGGGGUUGGUGGGCCGAUUGACUGAUUGAUGAGCUGAGUGAUAAACUAAUUGAUGGACUGAUUGAUGGACUGAUUGAUAAACAAAUUGAUGAACAAAUUGAUGGAUGCAUGCACUGAUUGAUUAAUGGACGGAUUGAUGGACAGAUUGAUUGACUGAUUGAUGGGUUGAGUGAUAAACUGAUUGAUGGACUGUUUGAUAAACAAAUUGAUGAACAAAUUGAUGGAUGCAUGCACUGAUUCAUGGACUGAUUCAUGGACAGAUUGACUGAUGGGCUGAGUGAUAAACUAAUUGAUGGACUGAUUGAUGAACACAUUGAUGGAUGCAUGCACUGAUUGUGUAAUGGACGGAUUGAUGGACAGAUUGAUUGACUGAUUGAUGAGCUGAGUAAUAAACUAAUUGAUGGACUGAUUGAUGGACUAAUCUUAAUUUGAAGCUUUCGUGACUGCAGGAAUCCAUACUCUCUGGUUCUUUCGGUAAAGUCACGUAGCUAGAAAAAAUAAUAAAAGAUCACGACGUUUCGAUCGCAACACAAGCGUCCAUCAUCAGGUGAGAAAGAAUGAUCUGCUGUUGUGGCUUUAUAUAGGCACGGCGGGGAGGGGUUUUGUAAAGUCUGACUGCAGGAGUUUGAUGAACAAAUUGAUGGAUGUAUGUGUAGUGACUCAACCUGGAGACAGUAAGACUUGGAGGCACUUCUUUUUUAUUAACAAGCACCAUCGGGGUAACACACAACACCCUACGUGGGUGCACACUAUGAUUAUUAUUAAGACCGUCUAUUGUCAGCGGCACUACUAAGGUAGAACAGUUGGUAGGCCGUUUGACUAACAGCGCCCCGGGAUGGUGAAGACGGACACGACGGCGAGGAGAUGGCGACGACGGUGGACUUGAGCAGCACGAUGAGGAUCCCGCUUCCAGCGACAGCCCCGAGCUCCCGUUCAGGGCCCCCUUUUAGACUCCCAGCGCGGCCUUGCUCCGCCCCGACCACACCCCCUUUCUGGAACCUACUGGCGGGUUGCCGGGGCUCCCUGAUGGGCCCAUUCUAUGAACUUUCCCCAAGAUGCCCCCCUCUCGUAUAUACCCUGGCCUGCUGGUGUGAGUACUGCCGUUCACCGCAGUUACCUCUUUUCCGCCAGCAGCCAGCGCUAUACGCCUACAUAUGCACUGAUUGAUUAAUGGACGGAUUGAUGGACAGAUUGAUUGACUGAUGGCCUGAGUGAUAAACUAAUUGAUGGACUGUUUGGAAAACGAAUUGAUGGAUGUAUGUAUGCACUGAUUAAUGGACAGAUUGAUGGAUGGAUAGUUGUGUUGAAUGGUGAAUGGAUUGAUGGAUGUGGUUGGUUUACGUGUUUUUGUUAUAGUUUGGUGGUCGUAUUGCCCAAUAAAAUUCACACUCCUGGGCGCUCAAGGUCUGGAUGUCCUCUGUCUCUGCGUUUUCGUCCCUCUCCCUCGCUGCGUCCCUCGCAAAUUAAUUUUCUCAAAGACGAAACGUUACAGAUUUGUUUUAUUCGUUCAUAUACCCCACCACUCCCACCACCACUCCUCCGCACACGCCAAAGAAUUCACCCCUUCUACCAGUGCCGAAUGAUCCUAGUAACAAAAGUAGCAAAUGCUACGGACCCCGGCACUUUCAAGGGAGUCCGCGCUAAAAGCUUACAAGCAAUCAAAUCCGGUUCAGUGAUUCUGCACUUGCUCUAUUACUAUAGUACUAUACCACCCUUCAACUUUUAUGAACGACUGGAUGUUUAAGGAUUGCGAUUUGUCGUAUUGUAAUAAAGCUCGUUGAGGCGA